AUGUCUGCUUCAGGACCAACAUCGUUGAUAUCGACGGCUGGUGAUGAAUCCUUCGAUUUCCUGUUCAAAAUCGUUCUAAUCGGAGACUGUGGCACCGGUAAGACAUGUAUCGUGCAGAGGUUCAAAUCGGGCAACUUUAUCGAAAGCCACGGCAACACGAUCGGUGUCGACUUCUCGAUGAAAGCCGUCUCCGUCGAUGGGAAGAAGGUUAAGCUGCAAAUAUGGGACACAGCUGGGCAGGAACGUUUUCGUACCAUCACGCAAAGUUACUAUCGUUCGGCAAACGGUGUCUUGAUUGUGUACGACAUCACCAAGCGAUCGUCCUUUCUAAGUUUGCAGCGAUGGAUUGACGAGGUGCGAAAGUACACGGCCUCUAACGUGAUGAUAUUCGUGAUAGGAAACAAAUCCGACCUGGACACAAUACGAGAGGUGGAGUUUUCCGAAGCCCAAAACCUGUGCCAGUACAUCCCCGAGGUGAUGUUUGUGAUGGAAACAUCGGCAAAAGACAAUCGUUGCAUCGAGGACGCAUUUAUGACGCUAGCAACUGAACUAAAGCGACGCCACGACGGAAUAAGUGCGUCCGAAGAAGAGGAAGGUAUUACGCUCGGUCAGAGUAAAACCUUAUCUACAAAUUCAUGCAACGCGCUGUGCAAUUUAACGUGA